GUGGUUUAGGGCGUAGCCGCAGCGCCCUUCCUGCGCACUGAGGAGGGGCCAAGACUUUAGCGCACUGGGAAAAAGCACCUGUAGCGGAUCUGCUCGGUCAUCACUGCCCUUGUUGUGCGUUUCACAGGAUCACACGGCUUUCAUCCUGAAGUCUGUUUGUGACUACAAGUUUUUCUUUCUUCCUUUCUCCAUCUUUUACGCAAAUACUCGAGUUUGCGCAAUGGCCCGAGUUGAGCAGCGCACCACGGAUUUCCUGCGCCAACUUGUCCUGGCACUUUGCGUGGCAUCAGCUACCAUGGGCAGCAGUACUCCUACAGAAAUGCCAGCCGUCUCAACCACGAUCUCUCUUGGCAUGAACGAAUCUGCAGAACAUUCUUCUACCAUAACAUACCUCACAGGAACUUCUGUUAUGGCAGAAACAGCUUCUCCAACUGCAGAUCACACUGAACCAAUUUCCCCAGCAAGCAGCAUGGCCUCUACCACAAAAACACAACCUGUUACGUUUGACAGGAACACAUCAGAACCUUUAUCAUCCACUCGCAGCAUAACAACAGGCACCUUCAGCAACUCCACAACUGCACUACAGACCACGGCCCCUGGUGCAACUACAGCCCAUGACUCUAUACUUACUUCUACUGACACUAAAUCUACUCCCACUGUUUCUUCAUAUAGCACCACGAGUACCAUCAUGUCCAGCACUUCUACGACUGUUCCACCUUUGUCCAACAACAGUACCACCCCUUAUACACCAGCUCCAACAAACGAAGUGACCAACCAUUCCAGCAUAGCACCAACUAACACCCCAGAUACUCCUGUCACAGAUACAACCAUGACGGACAACACAACCAGUUCUGCAGCUACAACGCAUGUCAAUCUUACAUCUCAUUUUGAAACAACUGCAAAUGUAUCAACAGAAACACCACCAAUCAGUGCAACAACAGUUGAUUUGAGUACCACUACAGAUUUUCCAUCAAGUAAUACUCCAUUUACGUCUGUAACAACAGUCAAUACCUCAACAGACACAGUACAUAGUACAGAAAUGACUGCUACAACAGAUUAUUUGAAUACUACUGAAGAUUUUACAUCAGAUAUCACCGCUGCACCCACACUAAGCAUCACCAGUACACCCACAAAUGUCAUAACUAUGCCCUCAAACGACACCACUACAGCCUCAGACUUCACCACUACACCUUCAAACGACACCACUACAACAUCAGACUUCACUACUGCACCCUCAAACGACACCACUACAGCCUCAGACUUCACUAUUACACCCUCAAACGACACCACUACAGCCUCAGACUUCACUAUUACACCCUCAAAUGACACCACUACAGCCUCAGACUUCACUAUUACACCCUCAAAUGACACAACUACACCCAUACCAAACAUCACUAUUACACCUUCAAACGACACCACUACAGCAUCAGACUUCACUACUGCACCCUCAAACGACACCACUACAGCCUCAGACUUCACUAUUACACCCUCAAACGACACCACUACACCCAUACCAAACAUCACUACUACACCCUCAAAUGACUCCACUACAGCCUCAGACUUCACUAUUACACCCUCAAACGACACAACGACACCCACACCAAACAUCACUACUACACCCUCAAACGACUCCACUACAGCCUCAGACUUCACUAUUACACCCUCAAAUGACACAACGACACCCACACCAAACAUCACUACUACACCCUCAAACGACUCCACUACAGCCUCAGACUUCACUAUUACACCCUCAAAUGACACAACAACACCCACACCAAACAUCACUACUACACCAACAAACAUCACCACUACACAAACCCCAAACAUCACUACUACACCAUCAAACGACACCACUACAGCCUCAGACUUCACUAUUAUACCAUCAAACAACACAACUACACCCACACCAAACAUCACUACUACACCCUCAAAUGACUCCACUACAGCCUCAGACUUAACCAAUACACCUUCAAACAACACCACUACACCCACACCAAACAUCACUACUACACCAACAAACAUCACCACUACACCCACACCAAACAUCACCACUACACCCUCAAACAUCACCACUACACCCACACCAAACAUCACUACUACACCAACAAACAUCACCACUACACCCACACCAAACAUCACUACUACACCAACAAACAUCACCACUACACCCACACCAAACAUCACCACUACACCCUCAAACAUCACCACUACACCCACACCAAACAUCACUACUACACCAACAAACAUCACCACUACACCCACACCAAACAUCACCACUACACCCUCAAACGACACAACUACAGCCUCAGACUUCACCAGUACGCUCUCAAACAACACCACUACACCCAUACAGAACCUCACCACUACACCCACACCAAACAUCACUACUCCACCCCCACAGAACUUCACCACUACACCCACACCAAACAACACCAUUGCAACCACACACGACAUCACCACCACAACUACACAAACCAGCAACUUCACUACACCAAAGAGCAAUGUCACAACUGGGCCUCCAAUUCCACCUACUACUAAACCUACUAACACAACAACCGCACCAGCUAUCUGUCCAGCCAUGCCCUGUCCACUUUUCAGCAUCUGUGUAAACUCCAUCUGUCAGUGUCUGGCUGGAACAUACAUGUCACAUGGCCAGUGUAUUGAAGCUAAAGUGUUUCCAGGAAUGCUGCAUUUAUUGAAAGAACAAUUUCAACCUGAAAUGAGUAAUCCUACCUCUGAGGUCUUUCGCAAAACAGCUGCUAGGAUCAUUAAAUCGCUGAAUGAAGCUUUCAGUAAAUCAGAAAGCUACAUAACCUCUACAGUUCUGAAACUAAGUGAGGGCAGUGUGGUGGCGACAGUGAACAAUGUGUUUCAAACCAGCUCUUCCGCCACGGAGCAGUCUGUAAACCAGACCAUAAAUGAUGCCAUAAAAAACGGCAUUAUCCGUGAUGCUGCUUUUACCCCUACGGAGCUUUGUGCUCAGGAUCCACCUCCAUGUGACACCAGCACCACGAUGUGUAGCAGUAAAUCAGAUGGCCUUGCUAUGUGCUUCUGCCAGCCGGGCUACAUAUCAACUGGAUUUAGUAAUAAAAGCUGUAUGGCCUGUCCCAGUGGCCAGAAAGCAGAAGGCCAAAAGUGUGUGCCGUGUGCGUUUGGUUAUUCCGGCUUCAACUGCAAUGACUCGGCGUUGUUGGCACUGGUGGUGGUUGCCGUUGUUUUAGGUGGGAUUCUGCUAAUCCUGGUUUUGGCCCUGAUCAUCUACUGUGCGAUCUACGGGACAAAGCAUGCCUCCAGCCCCUUAAGUCCUUACUCCUCAGACGAGUUUAAGACUUGGUCCUCUCAACCAGUCAUUCCCAUCCCUCGUGCAUCUCUUGGCCACAGUGCUCACUCUGAGCUCUAUGGUACGGAGAUGCCCAUGCCAGACAGAAGAAAACCCAGCAACGGCUUGUUAAGAGGAAAGGUGGGCUCCUACGACCUCAUGCCAUUAGAUGACAUGAAAACUUUUAAGGGCAAAAACCCCUCUCACUAUUCUUACUUGGUUGAAGGCCGUGAAAACCCUUACUUCAGUUCAGCAGAUGAGCAAAUGACGGCAUCAUGAGUGGAGACGAGAGGAGACUGGUUAAUACGUAGGACACUUGUGAAGUGUAGGAGAUGACGAAGAUGGGUGUAAACCCAGUCUUUCAUACUCUUUGGUCCAGUUUCAGCUCUGUUGAGGAAAAUUCUGUAUAUCUGUUCCUCCUUCCAAUCUGUUUUAUGUAAAACUGUAAAAUGUCUUUGUAACAGAUGGCUUUGAGUUCUUUAACAUAUUGCUAGCAUUGGCUUUACAGCUGCUUUCAUAAAGUCUUAACCCCUUAACUCCUUAUGUUCACUGUUUAACAAUUAGCAAUUAAUAUCUCUUUGACCCAGACCAUGUCUUUAGUCCAGUAUACACUACCGUAUGUGGCCAAAAGCAUACAUGUCAACCUUUGGUCAAUCAAACCUGUAUAACCAACCUCCAAAAUCCGUAUUUCCCUUAUAAAAUCCGUAUAAGAUGCAAAUUAAAAUAAUUUACCUAAAAUUUGAAUGAUAAUUAACAAUGAUAUAUCCCAGUUACUUUUUAUUCAAUAUUAAUAACAAUAAACCUUCAGAAUGAAUACAAAGCUCCAAUGUUUGACAAAAACAUAAAGUGUUAUCAGCGUAGUUACGAAGGAAAUACUUCGUUGUUUGGAGACGGGUUUCACUGCGCGAGACUUCAUAUUAGCCACAAAGUCAGAAAAAUCUGUUCGUAAAAUUACGUUAUAAUGACCAAAUACAAUGAAAAGUAUUUUUCCAGUCUCACCUGUGAAAGGUAAUCCCAUGUGAUCUCGUUUGGACGGUAAACCUGUUGGUACAGUUAAACGCAGCACAUGAAUGAGGCAUCUUUAUUCUUGGCUACUGUCUAGACGCUAUACCAGAGACGGUUGAAGAAUCUCCACUUUGCCACAUCCAAUAUGGCGGCGAGGAUGACGUAUGAUUCUACGCAGAAGGCGGCGUCUAUGUUUAUAUGUCUAUGACUUCACAGUUGGCGGGAUUCUCGCAAUGCGGUGUGCGCAUGAUCAAAAGUGGAACGAAGUCUCGCUACCACAAGAUAACGCGCGAUUUCAUAAGACUCUUUACUGGCUGUCUGUGGUGUACAGUACGUUUGUAAAUGUUAUGCGCUCUUUUAUCAUCGUGGGAAUUGAUUAUAGCUCUAAAUAAAUAUUGAAGUUUUUUUAAAGAAUCCGUAUAACUUUAUUUAUACGCCCGUAUACUACGUUUAUUGAAUCAAAUCCAUAUAAAAUACGGACAUUCCGUAUAGGUUGACAUGUAUGCAAAAGUAUCCAGACACCUGCCCAUCACACCCAUACUUGUUGUUGGAGUUGGUCCCUACCCUUUUCUGGGAAGGCUUUCCACUAGAUUUUGGAGCAUGGCUGUGGGGAUUUGUGCUCAGUUCAUCUCACAUAUUGAGUGGAGUUGAUGUCAGGGCUCUGUGCAGGUCAUUGAGUUCUUAAACAUCAACCUUUUAAUAUAAACGUUUGGGCUUGACCUGUUUUCUUCUAGUGAAGGAAAAUCUUAAUGUUACAACAAAGAAAGAUAAUAAAGUGUGUGCUCCUAACUUUUUGACAAUAAUUUGAAGGCUGGGCGGCACGGUGGUGUAGUGGUUAGCGCUGUCGCCUCACAGCAAGAAGGUCCUGGGUUCGAGCCCCGGGGCCGGCGAGGGCCUUUCUGUG